CGAUUAGAUUCCACAAACCUCCUCCCUAGCAUAAUGUCCAACAGGUUGGAGUCGUUGAACUCCAAGAAACCCGGUUCGACUCCUGGACCCAAAACAUCACUCAAGUUCAAGCCCAAAGUUGUUCCCAGAAAAUCCAAAGAAGACAGAGCCAAAGAAGCUCCAAUACAAGUCAAAGAAGAACCCAACUCCAGAUCUCUUUCGGCACGUGGAGGAAGAGGUGGUGCAAGGGGUGGCCGUGGUCGUGGUGGCCGCAACAACUAUGCUGGCACUCAUUUAGUCUCGCUGGGACCACUUUCAUCUGGAUCUGUGUCCAUUGGUAAUGCUUCUGGAUCCAAGUUGGGUUUAACAGCUGAUAGAAGUUACAAUUCCGUUUCACCAACCCCGGAAUUCCUCCAGAAUUUGAAACUAAAGGACCGCACAAAGUCACCAACACCUGGACUAGACUCAGAUGAAGAAGAGGACGAUCCUACAAAGAUCAACAUGACACAGCAGUAUAGAUUUGCAGAUGAAGAAACAGUUCUUUUCCCAGUCAGACCAGAACGAGACGAAGAAGAAGGCGCAGACAAGGAGGUGAUCAAGAUCGAGUCUCUGACAACAACUAGAGACAAUACGCCAGGGAUAACAUCGACAAUUCCUUCACGAGAAACGACUGUAAAGAGUGAACAUAUCGAUGAGAAACUCGAACAGAUUCUUCAGAACAAGGCAAAAUUGCAAAACAGACAGAUUGUAGACGUUUUUGACCGCGAAGAGGCCAGCAAGAUGAUUACAGACCACCAGGAGAUCUUGGAUAUGUUGACGUCGAGAUUUGGUUCGUUGACUACGGAAAGUGUAGAUGUGGACGAGAACACAGAAGAAAUAGACAAGCCACAACCAAAGUACAUCACUAUGCAAUUGCCCAAGGUAUUGCCUGAAUAUACCAGCAAAUCAACUGUGAAGUCAGAAUCAGAACCCGAGGAGAUCAACAACGACGAUUCUACUCAAAGCAGAACCCACAUUGCUUCUCACGCCAGUACUCUCAGGGGCCAGAUCGGUCAUCUUAACAUCCACCAAUCGGGCAAAUUCACAAUCAACAUUGGCAGUAAUAUCAACCUUGGUGUUUCCAAGGGUGUGGCGACAAAUUUCCUUCAGGAGCUAGUAGUUAUCGACCUCGACGAACAAGAACAGUCUGAAGAUGUCGAGAUGAUGGAUGAAGAGGGUAAGAAGGUUAGAGGUAGAAUAAUCCGUUUAGGAGAAGUUGAUGGAAAGAUUAUUGGCACACCGCUUAUCAGUUAAAAAUACAUUAGCUUAGGUUAUAUAACCGAAGGCUUC